AUGCGCGUCAAGCGCGCGCGCAAGGUGCGGAAGUACCUCCGGUACUACCGCACCUGCCACGGCUUCAGAGCGCCGUACAAGGCGCGUCCUCCGCGCGUCGUCCUCGUCGACGGCAACUUCCUGCACGCGGUGUCGCAGAUGAAGCUCGGGCACGCGAAGGACGUCCUCGCGAAGUACCUCGGCGCGCCGUCGAAGCUGUUCACGACGCGAUGCGUCGCGCACGAGCUGAAGAGCAUGGGGGCGGAGUUCAAGGAGGCGUCGUUCGCCGCGCGGCGCGCGGAGGAGGUCAAGGGCGGGCCGGAUCCGCCGACGCCGGCGUUCGACUCGGUCGUCGCCGCCGUCGCGGGCGACAACGCGGAGCGAUUCAUCGUCUGCACGCAGGACGAGAAGCUCCGACGGAAGCUCAUGAGCGACAGCGCGCACGUCCCCGUCGUGUUCUGUCACACGUCCGGGCUGCAGAUGGAGCCGCCGUCGGACGCGACGGGCGGGGGCGUCGCGAGUCAGGCGCGUUCUAUACACUGGUCCCCAUACGACCCCGUCGGCGUGAGCGAACGCGCGGGGGGGCUGAGCGAGGGCGAGAGGCUCGCGCUCGGGCAGGAGGAGGUGGUGAACGCGAUGGGAGGCGUGCGGACGAACGUGCGGUAUAAGAAGCCGAAAGCGCGAGGGCCGAACCCGCUGAGCGUGAAGAAGAAGAGCGAGAACAAGAGGAGCGCGACGCGCGAGGGCGGCGGCGGGGGGGGAGGGGAAGGGGAUGGCGGCGCGAAGAAGAAGAGGAAACGCCGCUGA